CAGCGGACUGCGAAGAAGAUGAUCAUCCACCCGCCCCCCUCACACCCCCCUCACACCCUGUUUACCUAGAGAUAAAGUUUGCUGCUGAGUGUCAGUGUCAGUGUGAAGGCAUUGUCUAUCCUCUGUGAAGGUGCUCAGCAUGUAUAAAGUUGUGUCCUGUCUCAGUGGACGUGGUGCAGUCUCACAGGGACAGUCCAGAUGUCGGGCCAGUUUGAACAGAUUCCACUUAGCAAGUGGGGCAGUAUGUCAGAAAUCAACCUUCUCAUACCCUCCCAAAGAAGUCCCAGAGAUGCCCCCAUGCAAUUUCAAACCAGAGGAAUACAAGGGUAUGUCCAAAGAGAGAAUGAUGGAGAUCCGCAGACUGAACUGCAACCCCAUGACCAUGAAGGUCACCUACUAUAAGAAACCAGUGUUCGUCCACCAGGGAUACAUGCAGUGGCUGUGGGAUGUGGAUGGGAAGCGAUACCUGGAUCUGUUUGCCGGUGUGGCUACUGUUAUUGCGGGCCAUUGCCAUCCGAAAGUAACUGCAGCUGCAGAGCAGCAACUGAAGAGACUGUGGCAUACCACUAACAUCUAUGUCAAUCCUUUUAUCCAUGAGUACUGUGAGAAACUAGCUUCCUACUUACCAGAUCCUCUUAAGGUGAUAUAUCUGACCAACAGCGGCUCAGAAGCCAAUGACCUGGCUAUGUUGAUGGCUCGGCUCCACACUGGCAACUAUGACAUCAUCACUUUCAGAGGAUCAUACCACGGUGGCAGCACAUCAGCUAUGGGUCUUACAUCCGUUGAAGCAUAUAAAUUCCCCAUUGCCAAUGGCAUAGGUUGCACAAAUACCAUGUGCCCUGAUGUGUUCAGAGGUCUAUGGGGAGGAAGCCACUGCAGGGACUCUCCUGUGCAGACCAUCAGAGAGUGUAGCUGUGCCCAAGGUCAUUGCAUGGCACAAGAACAAUACAUUGGACAACUACAGGAGACACUUGCUACUAGUGUCUCACGUCGAAUUGCUGCUUUCUUUGCAGAGCCUCUUCAGGGAAUCGGAGGAGCGGUGCAGUACCCUAAAAACUACCUCAAGGAGGCUUAUAAGCUUGUGAGAGAGCGAGGAGGGGUCUGCAUUUCUGAUGAGGUUCAGACUGGAUUUGGGCGAACAGGAAGCCACUUCUGGGGUUUUCAAGGGCAUGAUGUCAUUCCUGAUAUAGUUACAUUGGCAAAGGGUAUCGGUAAUGGAUUCCCAAUGGGAGCCAUUGUUACAACUCCAGAAAUUGCAGCAUCAUUUGCCAAGGGGGCUCACUUUAACACCUUUGGAGGAAAUCCUUUGGCUUGUGUGGUUGCUUCAUCAGUGCUGGAUACUAUUCAAGAGAACAGCCUGCAGCAGAACUGUCUUCAUGUGGGCACCUAUCUGAUGAUAGAACUCGCAAAACUCAGAGACAAGUAUGAGAUCAUCGGUGAUGUCCGUGGAAAGGGCCUGCAUAUCGGUGUGGAAAUGGUCGAAGACAGGGUGAGCAGAGCGCCACUUUCUCCUCAGGCAAUAAGCGAGAUCUUUGAGGACAUCAAGGACAUGGGAGUCCUGAUAGGGAAAGGAGGAAUGUACGGACAGACCUUUCGCAUCAAACCCUCCAUGUGCAUCACAAUGGAAGAUGCAGAUUUCUUCAUAGCUGUUUUUAACAAGUCCAUCCACAACUACAUGGAAAAAAAGAUGAACGUCUCAUAAAGGCCCAGAAUCCAACUUGGGAACAUUCUCAGCAGCGGAUUGCAUGUUUUAUACAUCUGUUAACAUGGAAAAAAUAGUCUUAUUUGAGAUAGACCACCUCUUGUUUGCUUUAACAUAGCCAUUGUAAAAGGGAAUUUCUUCAACUGUGUGCCUCUCUAACAACUGAUUAAGUUCAUUUUGCCCUUUUUGGAUCUACUGAAUUGGGUGUAAAGUAACAAAUGCUUUCUUGAGAACUGUAGAUGUUAAUGAAAUAAUAAUGAAUCUGUGACCUUGAGAAGCAGCUACCCACUAUCCCCUGCAGGUGUUUUUGUAAUAUUCUAUAUCUUUCUUGUACAGAGAACAGCCAUGGUCUUAAUGAUCUUUUUAAUCCAGUCAUGUCUUAAAUUGCAUUAUCUUGGGAUAAUGGGUUAAUUAACUUGUUAUUGCUGAAAAAUAAAAGGAUGAAUAUCUUGUUUUCACUAGAUAAAAUAGGGGAUUUUUCUUUAUGAAAAUGAGCUAACUUAGUCUUGAGGAAACAUCUUGAUGUCAGUGCAUUUUUAGACACUAGCAGCGUGGUUUGAGGAAUGGCACUGUUGGUUUGCAUAAACAAUUAAUUAAAUUAAUUAAUUAAAACUGUCUUUACAUGUGAGUUUCAUUUC